UGUUUAGGUGAAGAUGGAUCCAAUUCUGGCUGAUGUCGUCCUAGGGAAAGGGGAGAACCAUGUUGUAGAGAUGAAGUGGGAUGAAUUGACCUCAAGGGUUCAAAUGAAAAUGUCGGACGGAUUUUCUCUGCAGUUUCCUGGACAACCUACUGAAUACCACAAGGGAAAACUGGAUCCAAUAGAGCUCACUACUGCAACCAGAUCAGGAAAUAAGAAAAUAACUCUGAUAUAUAAUCUGGAAACCUACAGAAUAGACCCUCAACAGUUUGCACACAAAUGUCAGGUUGGUGUUGCAGCGAGUACAGCUGUGAAUCCAGCUGUAAACAGAAAAACCGGUUCUGAGGUUAUGAUCCAGGGAAACCAGGUUGCCUUUGCUACCAGACUGCUUUUGGAGGAGUAUAAAAUACCAAGGAAGUACAUAAAAGGGACUGAGAAUGCUGUUAAGAAGAAGAAAUAGAAAUCUGUUUUUAGAAAUUGUACAACACUGGAUUUCUAAAUAAAAAACUGGAAUUAAA